AUGAAAGAUCUUGGUCCCGUCACCACGUUCCUGGGUCUCAAUAUUCGCCAGACUCCUCGAUCGGUUACUCUGUCUUUGUCUUCAUAUCUGACCUCUAUCCUCCAGGACUUUGGUCUUGAUACCUGCAAUCCUGUAACUACGAUGUCUACUACAACUGAGUGGAUAUCUGUCCAUGAUGUCCCUCUGGCUGAUCCUACCCUCUUUCGCAGCAUGGUGGGGAAGUUGUUAUUUGCUGCAAACACGGAUCGACCAGACAUCACUUUUACUGUUGUAAAACUUAGCAGAUAUUUUAAACAGCCGAGUCAAAAUCAUCUCAAUAUCGCAAAGCCUGUGUUGAGAUACUUGAAAGGAACUAUAAAUGAUGGCAUUACCUACACUCAUACAUCAGGUGUUGAGCUAAAAGGUUUCUGUGAUGCUGACUGGGGAGGGAUUUUAGAAGACAGAACAUCUACAACUGGAUACAUCUUCAUGCUAGCAAAUGGUCCUAUUUCAUGGAAAUCCAAGAAACAAAACUCAAUAGCAACAUCCACCACUGAAGCUGAAUAUAUGGCAAUAAGUGAUGCUGUAAAAGAAUUAUUAUGGCUAAAACAAUUGAUGAAGGAGUUAUCUGUUUUGGGAUCAUAUGUCCCUAUACUGUUUGGUGACAAUGCUAGUUCAAUAUCCUUAGCAAAACACCUUACUCAACAUCAACGCACGAAACAUAUAGAUAUACGAUAUCAUUUUAUUAGAGAUCAUAUCUUAAAGGGAGACCUACAAAUUGAACACGUUGACAGCCCGUCAAAUAUUGCUGACCUACUUACUAAGCAGUUAGUCAGAGAAAAACUUAACUCCCUAAAGAAGAAAAUGCAUUUUGCAAAGAUUUGA